AUGACAGACUCCAUCAGCUGCGAAGGCCGGACCUUGCUCAAGAGCUUUGUGGCUGCCUCAGCGCAAAGGGGGGAAUCUGUUCAUGUCCUCAGCUUCGACAUCCCAGAGGAAGAAUUCAAGGCAGGAUUCUCCGCCGCAGUCACCUCCCAGCUGCUGUACCAUGAUGGCUUUCGGGAUCCCCUCGGCUGGACCGGGCAGGGCGGUGGCCUGGCCCUGGGUGACUUUGCAUCCUCGGAACUGGUGGCCCGGCUGGCAGCGGCGACACGGGGACCCUCCACCGUCGUGCUGGACUCGCUCAGCUGGCUGCUCCUUCGCUUGCCGUUUCCUCUCGUCUGCCAGGUCCUUGCGCAGCUGCCCAGGAGGGCAAAGGUAGCAGGCCUGAAAAUCACUCGGAUCGUGGCCCUCCUUCAUGGCGAUCUGCACCAGCUGGGCCAGCUAGAGGCCCUCCACACCUUGGCCCGCGUCGUGGUGAAAGUCGCGCCAGCGCCAGAGGCCGUGCCGGGAGGGGACGGAGCCGCCCGUGUAGCUGCUACACUGCACAAGAAACGGGGAGGCAAAGUGAUGCAGAAGAGAGAAUACUUCGCAGUGCUCCCAAACUGGGUCCUCAAAUGCCUCGGCGAGCUACUAGAGGACGGCCUUCCCGGAGAGGAGGAUGCCCAAGUCCCAGCCACGGCGGAUCCGGCUGCCAAUUUGACUUUUAACCUGCGCCUGUCGGAGGCUGAACGCCGGGCAAAGGAGGCGGUGCCUCUCCCGUAUCAGUUCAGCGAGGAGAAGAAAUCGUCUCUGUUACAGACCUCAACUAGCCUGGGAAAGAUCUACUAUGAGCCAGAUGCUGCUGAUGACAUCGAUGAAGAAGAUCCCGAUGAUGACCUGGAUGUCUGAGUGGGAUCAACUGGGAUCUGGGGUGAUGGAGGGGGGGGACUCCUAGCUGGCCUGCCUGUGUUGUUGGAAGUACCCUAGAGAAGCUGCUGCAGAGCAGCUGGGCACGAACUGGAUGGCUCCUCAGCACUGCCUUCUGGGCCUCACCAGCAGCACAUCAGCCUUGCCUGGACUGUCUCAAAGAACCAGCCAACUGCCUGGGAGUAGAUCUCCACGGAGAACUGGAGGGGAUGCUUCCUUGACAUCGGUUAGAAGACCUUGAGUGGCCUGUAAGAACGGCCCCAACAGAUCUGUUCAAUACACCCAAAUGUACAACUGAGCAGCAUUGAUCUUGUUUGGAAGGAGGGAACGGACUUUGGCAGGGGGGAACUUCUGCAACUAAGACAGCACAACAUGCAGCUGUGCUGUGCCCUUUUUUUUUUUUUUGCAAUAGCUUGGGGGCGGAUAUGUUAUUCAUUCCAGUGUUUUCAUGCAGUGUGAACUUUUGACUCCUGUUAUGAAAGGGAAAGUGCAGGAGUUCCUUUGGCACACAUUUCUGAAGUUUAAAAUCUGUAAGGAAAAAUGAAUAAAUCCUGCUUUCAUGGUUGUCAGACUUCAGGAACCUGUGGCGCUCUUCCUUGCCUAAGGCCCUUGUUGGGCAAACUGCACCCACCCAAGUUUACUUACCACAUUUAGAAAAGAUAACCUUCACACAUUUAUCCGCUAUUUUGACAUAUUUAUUGCUUUACUGUCCUU